AGAAUAAUCUCUCCUAAAUCCAGCCCAAAACCAGGCCCAUCAGUUAUUUAAUUCUGAAUAGAUGUCGGCCUUUUAAGAAAAUUAACACUUUCUUUGUCUCCUUUGUAAGAAAACUGUUAAACAAAGCUUUUAUAAUCGAAAAUGUCGACGUCUCCGAUUUGACCGAGUCAAGUCUCCUCCACAAGGUGUUUCAAAUUACGUUUGAUUUAGAUCUUCUUUGUUUAUAAGAAAAUCGCAAAAGUUGAUUUCGUUUUGUUUGCUCGAAUCUGUGACUCUGAUUCUUUGUGGGCAAUGUAGAAUGUGGAAUUUUAGGUGGAAGAAGAACCCAUUAGAGAAGGUUCAUAAGAAGUGUCUGAUGGAAGAAACCAUAAGAGCAGCUUCACAAGAAGUUUCUGAUGAAUUCAAAACUCUUGUUAAAGCAGAAGAUCUGAAUUCUCUUAGACAUUUGCAGCAUCUCAUAUUGGGGAGGUUACAGGAUAGCAAUGCAGUUCUCUCUCAUUACAACGACUUUGCGGAGAACUGCUUCGCUGAUGUAUCAUUGGAAUUCGCUAGAAACACCCGUCUUUUGAAAUCGAUGAAAGCUGACCUUGAUUACAUCUUCUUGAAACUAAGGAGCAUUAAAAGUAAGAUUUCGGCUACAUAUCCAGAUGCAUUUCCAGAUGAUUCUACUAGUGAUGCUUUUGAUCGAAGACCCGAUCUCGAGUUGCCUCAGUAAGCGUUCAGAACACUCAUGGUAUGCUUCUCGAUGAGAGAAACCAAAAUACUAAUCUGGAGACCAUUUUAUGUGUUUGCUUCGUGACAAAAAAAUUUGUAUUUUUUU